GCUGAGGAUAAAGCAUCACCGGCGAGGCUGAGAGCAAAAUUUACUACAAAAAAACUGAGUGUCCUCCCAAAAAAAUUAAUCAUUAGAUCAUUGCAGUUAUUUUUCUCAUCUGUUUUUCCCCGCUUCUUCGAUCCCUUUUUGUGAAUCAUCUGUUUUUCAAAAAGAAAAAUCGGUUUCUUGGUUUAUACACGUUUGAAUGGUUUUAAUUGAUUAUUCAUACGAAAAUCCAAGCUUAUGAAACUGUUUUUCUUUUUAAUUGAAAGCCAGGUAUUUUCAGAAAGAAAUCAUUUUAAAAAAAAAUUCUUCUGAAUUUAUCUUUUUAGUUUCCAUAGAUUUAGUCGAGGGUAAUUUUUUUGUUCCCUCAGGAUCAUCAGGUUGCUUAUUUCAAACCCCUUAGAUCCGUUUUUAUUUCUCUUGAAUUCUUUUCGGAUUCAUUUUUUAUUUUUCUUUCAAAAUUUUAAAAUCUACAAGUUAUGGAAGCUGCUAUGAAUUUGAACAGUAGCAGAGCGUUUCAACAACCAGAUUCGUUUGGUGGUGGUGGUGAACUCAUGGAAGCGCUUCUACCUUUUAUCAAAAGCGCUUCCGACUCUCCUUCCUCGUCCGCGUCUGCGUUUAUUAAUCCCGCAGCGUCUGCGUUUCCUCUUCCUACCUUCCCCGGAUAUUACCCGGAACACUAUCUGACCCAACCGUUUUCGUACGGGUCGGAUCUUCAGCAAACCGGGUCACUAAUCGGGCUCAACAACCUCUCCUCUUCCCAAAUUCACCAGAUCCAAUCUCAGAUCCACCACAGUCUUCCUCUCCCUCCCACCAGAUCCAACCUCAGCCCCAAGCCGUUGCUGAUGAAGCAGCCUGGAGUCGCCGGAUCUUGCUUCGCCUACGGUGCUCCGCCGAAGCCGGCGAAGCUAUACAGAGGCGUGAGGCAGCGUCACUGGGGAAAAUGGGUGGCGGAGAUCCGUUUGCCGAGGAACCGGACUCGUCUCUGGCUUGGGACGUUCGACACGGCGGAGGAAGCUGCGUUGGCCUAUGAUACGGCGGCGUAUAAGCUGCGCGGCGAUUUCGCCCGGCUUAACUUCCCUAACCUGCGUCACAACGGAUCUCACGUCGGAGGCGAGUUCGGAGAGUAUAAGCCUCUGCACUCCACUGUCGACGCCAAGCUCGAAGCUAUUUGUAAGAGUAUGGCGGAGACGGAGAAACAGGAGAAGACGACGAAAGCAUCGAAGAAACGCGCGUCAACGGCGGCGCUGAAGACGGAGGCAGUCAAGGCGGAGGAGAAUUCGAAUUCGAUCGGUGAGUCUCCACCGGUGACGGAGUUCGUUGAGUCCGCCGGAUCUUCACCGUUGUCGGAGUUGACGUUCGCCGACGCGGAGGAGCAGCCGCAGUGGAACGAGACCUUCGCGUUGGAGAAGUAUCCUUCGUACGAGAUCGAUUGGGAUUCGAUUCUAGCUGAUCAGUUCGUGUGUAAUUUGGUGGAAGAUUAGGGGUAUAAUAGUAAUUUGGGGAAGAUUAGGGGUAUAAUAGUAAAUUUAGAAGCUGCCUGCAAUGGAGUUUUUUUGGAAAUUGCAGAGAGGCUAUUAAGAUUAUGUUUAGUGGGUAAAUUUCAUAUGUUAAUAUUGUGUGUUUGUGUUAAUCUCUGUGUCGGUCCAGCUGCGGUUUUUUUGUCAUGCUCGACCAUGCCACAGUGUUUUUUUUUGGGUUCAUGUAAUUUAUAGUUUCAUUUUCUUUAUCUUAAUGUGAUAUUUAGUUUGUUUUGUAGUAAAAUGAAAUUGUGGCACCGAUACUUACUUUAUUCCAUUUACA